AUGACUGAAACUACCAGCGCAUCUGCUGCGCCAUUGCAGAGAGUCGCGUCACAGCCUGAGAACCCAUACGCCCAGCUGAUCGAAGACCAAUCAAUUGCGAUUAUUCCUUCCUUCAAACUCGAAUCUGGUGUCACUCUGUCCAAUGUCCCGGUUGCAUACACCACACGAGGCACCCUCGCUCCCAACGGAGACAAUGUUCUGGUCAUCUGCCACGCUCUGAGUGGUAGCGCCGAUGUCGCUGACUGGUGGGGCCCCCUCCUUGGUGGUCCAGGACAAGCAUUCGAUGUCUCUCGCUUCUUCGUGGUUUGCCUGAAUAGUCUUGGUAGUCCAUACGGAAGUGCCAGCGCUGUUACAUACAAGGACAACAAGCCUGAAAAUGGCUACUAUGGGCCUGAAUUCCCUUUGACCACUGUCCGCGAUGACGUCAACAUUCACAAACUGGUGUUGGAUGAUCUCGGCGUCAAGCAGAUUGCCGCAGUUGUCGGAGGCUCCAUGGGUGGAGCUCUUACCCUGGAGUACGCCUUCUUCGGCAAGGACUACGUGCGGGCUAUCGUGCCAAUUGCAACCUCAGCGCGCCAUUCAGCUUGGUGCAUCAGCUGGGGCGAGGCUCAGAGACAGAGCAUCUACAGUGACCCCAAAUAUGACGACGGAUACUAUGCGUUUGAUGACCCACCUUCUACCGGUCUCGGUGCGGCUCGUAUGUCCGCACUCCUUACCUACCGCAGCCGCAACUCAUUCGAGUCCCGCUUCGGUCGCAAUGUCCCCGACCCAACCAAGCGAUUGAACAUCAACGGCACCGAGCGACAGCCAAGUCCCCCCAACGAGCACUGGGCCAUUCACAACGACGGACAUCGCGGUGGAUCCCGAUCCGAGAGCCGUCAAGGCUCACCCGCCCCCCAGACUGAAGUCCAAUUCAUGGACCCCCAGUUCUCGGGCACUAAGACCUUUGCGCCAGAGCCUGAGGACAAGCCUAAGCUGACUCCCUCCGGUCGUCCUCGUCCCCCAACCUACUUCUCUGCCCAGUCUUAUCUCCGUUACCAGGGUGACAAGUUCGUCAAGCGGUUCGAUGCCAAUUGCUACAUUGCGAUGACUCGCAAGCUCGAUACCCACGAUGUGUCCCGUCACCGCACCAACCCUGCCGCUUCUGAGCAAGAUACCGUUCUAGAAGCCCUCGGUCGCGUGGAGCAGCCCGCUCUCGUGUUGGGAAUUGAGUCCGACGGCCUCUUCACUUUCGCCGAACAGCAAGAGAUUGCCGAUGGUAUCCCCGACUCUCGCCUGAAGCGCAUUGACAGCCCCGAGGGCCACGAUGCCUUCCUGCUGCAGUUCGAGCAAGUCAACCGCCACAUCCUGGAGUUCUUCCGGGAGGUGUUGCCUGACAUCAUGGCGAAGCCAGACUCUGAUGGCGCGGAGGCAUUGGCCAGUGUGACCAAGCUAACAAAGAGCAGCACCUUCGGUGAAGCCGAGGUGGACGACAUCACCGCUUGGUAA